GAAUUCCCCGACGCUUUAUCAAGGCGGUAGACGAUCGUACAGGAAGGCGUAGACUACAACAAACAGCCAGCAACCAUGGGUAUGGCCUUCUCGCGCGUGUUCGAGCGUCUCUUCGGCAAGAAGGAGAUGCGCAUUCUUAUGGUCGGUCUCGAUGCCGCCGGUAAAACUACCAUUCUGUACAAGCUUAAGCUAGGCGAGGUGGUUACCACCAUCCCCACUAUCGGAUUCAAUGUGGAAACGGUGGAGUACAAGAACAUUAGUUUCACGGUGUGGGAUGUGGGUGGUCAGGACAAGAUCCGCCCGCUGUGGCGUCACUACUACCAGAACACACAGGGCCUGAUCUUCGUGGUGGACUCGAACGAUCGCGACCGUGUGGAUGCGGCCCGUGACGAGCUGCACCGUAUGCUGAAUGAGGACGAACUCCGGGACUCUGUGCUGCUGGUUUUUGCCAACAAGCAGGAUCUGCCGAACGCUAUGAGUGCCGCGGAGAUGACGGACAAGCUGGGACUGCACGGCCUGCGCCACCGCCAAUGGUUCAUCCAGGCGUGUUGUGCGACGACGGGUGAUGGUCUGUACGAGGGUCUGGACUGGCUGUCGGCCACGCUUCAGAAGCAGAAGUAAGCUAGUCGCUCCGAGGCGUAGCUGCUGGGCUCCCUACUCGUGAGGUCGCGAGGCGGAUUCCGUCGUCAAGAGAGAAGAAGCUGUGGAGUGAUAGGACAGUAAGAGAGAAGAGGCCACCGCCGCCGUGUAAUAGUGCAUCUAUUGAUUCCCAAGCUA